AUGACACGCUCCCAGCAGAAGCGCAAGAGAACAGAGGUUCCGCCGGCCCUAAGUCCCAAUAGAGAGCGGUCCAUCGUCCUGGAUGCGCCACCGACUAAAAAGGCGCGUCUGAGGCAGCCUGAGAUAGUCAUCGGAAUAGAUUGGGGGACUACAUGGACCGGAGUUGCUUGGACACUCGUAACAGAAAAAGCGCAAAACACGAAUGAAGAGGCCAAAAUCAAUGUGAUACAACAAUGGCCUGCAGGCUCUAGGACGUCCGAUAAAGUCCCGACAGAGUUCGUAUACACCGAGGAUGGAAGCUGGGAAACCUUGAAAUGGGGUUUCCAAGCUCAAGCUCCGGACCUUUCGCCUAGAGUCAUACGCUGGACAAAAUUGCUCCUUGACCCUGACUAUACAAAUCUUGUGCCUGAGGCUCAAGAGGCUUCUAAGAAGAUCCCGCACAAUAAAGCAGUUACCGAACUCGUCGCAGACUAUCUCUCUGCUUUGAGAGCUCAUAUUACAGAAACCUUGACAGCUGUAUAUGGCCCAACCUUCUUGAAAAGAUCUAAACUCAAGUAUAUACUCACAGUACCUGCGAUAUGGUCCGAGAAAGCCAAAGAAACCCAUCUUGAGGCGGCAGGAAAGGCCGGCUACGGUAGUAAAGAGGAACUGGACCUUAUAAGUGAGCCUCAAGCUGCUUCAAUAGCUGCCUUCCGGAGUCUGGGUCAUGGGCCACUUCGUCGAUAUGAUUGUUUUACGGUUGUCGACUGUGGUGGGGGCACUGUUGAUCUGAUAUCCUACAAGGUUAUGAAUUUUCGCCCCCAUAUUGAAUUUAGGGAGAUAACAGGCGGUCAAGGAGGGGGUUGUGGUUCAAUUUUCAUAAACAAGGCAUUUGAAACCUACAUGAUAAAAAGAUUUGGAUCUAAAAAUUACGAAUCUAUGCCUCCAAAAUCGAAAGCGAGGAUGAUGGGGGAUUUCGAGUUAGCCAAGCAGUCAUUUUCGGACGACGAGCACGAAGAAAAAUUUUAUGUCACUGCUAUCGGCCUCCCUCGGAAAUACAAAGGUGCUAUUGGGGUUGACGGGGAUGGCUACCUGACCCUCACAAGGGAUGACAUGAGAAAUAUAUUUGAUCCAACAAUCGAUUCAAUUGUUGCACUAAUCAGUGCCCAGAUCAAGUCAGCUACUGUUGCAUCACAGCGAGUGAAGAGCGGUUUCGGGGGAUCUCCAUACCUUCGUCGCAGGGUCCAAGAGUGGGUUGAUAAGGAAAAAUACACUAUUGAGGUUGCACAGCCUCCCGAUGCGUGGACUUCUAUAGCGCGAGGGGCAGUAAUGCAUGGUAUCGAAAGUCAUACUAUAAAGGAUCGUAUUGCCAGAACUAGCUACGGUGUUUGCGUGGACGUAAGGUUCAACGAAGGAAUACACCCCAAAUAUCAUGUGGAUCUCAGCAAUUACCACGACGAAUAUGAUGGAAUCUUGCGGGUCAGAGAUCAGAUGGAGUGGUUUAUCAAGAAAGGAGUUCGGAUCAAUGGAAUUAAAAGCGUCUUUAGGGUCACAUACUGCCAGCAUUUGGAGACGGAAGAGUUCGUUGACCCUGGUGAUCUAAAAAUUACGGAUACUCUAUACGCUUACAAUGGGGAUGAUACGCCUGCCAAACCUUCUGAUUACGGUGAGAUCUAUAUCCAUAGAAUUUAG